AUGGCCUCUGUCUCCCGCUCGGAACGUCUCAAGGCGCAGCUGGAGCGCUCGCGGGCGCUGGAGCCGACGCCAACGCCGCCGUCCGGCACGGCAGGCCAGGGACCGGGUGGACCGGGUGGACCUGGCGAGGCCGCCACGCCACCGUCGUCUACCCCGUCGGGGACAACCUCCACCCCAACCAUCUCCACAGCGACUUCGCCCACGUCUGCCACGCCUCCGUCGUCCACUUCUGCCACGCCCGUGUCCUCAUCCCCCGUCACGGCCACGCCGGCGUCCGACUCUGCGUCUCCGGGCGAGGUCCUCGAGUCGCCGUCAAACACCAUCGCGCGGCUGAUGGCGGAGCGCCUGAAGGAGAUCCUCGAGGCUGCAGCUAAUGGAAGGGCCUUGCUGGGUGACGUGGGCUCGGACCCGGUCUUCCGCGUCCUCUUCAACCGCUACAAAAAGAUGGUCUCGUCCGAGUCGCCGCUCGCAGCUGUUCCGACCGCCCUCGCCCCGUUCUUUGCCCCGCUUGGCAUCUCAGUCCAGGGCGGGGGCUCGACGGGCGAGCCGGUCUCGUUUCUCCUUACUUCGGCUAUUAUUGUCCAAGCCAAGGCCACCCUCGAUCGCGUCAGCGAGUCCAAGCGCGCCGCCCAGGACGCGCGCUCGGGCGUGCAGGUUGCCGAGACGAGGGUCAAGGUGCUCCGCGCCGACCUCGCUUCCGCCCGCGCCACGCUGAAAGAGACCCAGGACGAAGUCGCCGCCCUGCGCAAGGCGCUGGCUUUGAUGAACGCUGAGACGCAGGCGGCUGUUGCCGCUGAAAGCCGUGCCAUGCAAGACGUCCUUCACGCUGCCGAGAACAAGCGCGAGGCCAAGGCGGCCAAGAAGCGCAUCCGCGCCCAGAUCAAGGCUCUCACGGCUGCCUCCUCUUCGCAGGCCUUGGUCGACGACAUCGAUGGGGGAAAGUCUGCUUUGGCGACGUCCACGGAGCCUGCUCGCACCGACCCGCCUGUGGUCCUCACUGCCGACAAGCUCCGCGAGGUCCGCCAGCUCCUCGACCUUGAGCACAUUGCCCGCAGCCGCGCCCAGGUCAUCGGCAAACUUCCAUCGACGUCAGGCAACGCUCACAAGAAGGCCCAAGCCAAGGCCGAGGCCAUGCAGGCUGUCUUUGCCGUCCGCUCUGCCCGCGAGGCCGAUCCCUCCGCGUGGGACGCCGCUGUUGCCGCGCUGGAGCGUGUCUCGUUCGACGCCACUGGCGAUGAAGACCGCGCCGCCGCAGCCACCGAUGCUUCCGCUCCUGACAACGUUGCUCCCGCGGGGAUGGCGCUGUCGGUCCCUGCGCCCCCUUCCGCCUCCAAAGCCUCGCCGUUUGCCGGCCUCGCCCUCGAGCCGGUCGACUUUGAGAGCGCCGGCACACUUGUCCGCCUCGCGCCGGACGUCCCCUUCCGUCACAACCACACCCUCACGGCAGUCCAGCGCGGCACAGGCUUUAGCCUCCCGGAACGGCUCGUCGACGCCUUUGAGCCGUACGCGGCGCCGACUUUGGCCACCUUUGAUGACUUUGCGGCCGCCGCUGUUGCCGGCGAGCCGCUCGAUAGCCUCGACGUCGAGAUUGAGCCUUCGCUGACGGGGGCCUUGCUUCUGACACGCUACCCGUCGUCUGGCCUCCUCCCGCUUCCUGCCUCUGGCCGCGUCCGCCCCACUCCUGUCAACGCCGACACUGCCGAAGACCGGCUCUACGUCCUCGGUACCAACACCUCGGUCGUCCGGCUUUGCCUCGCCAUCGAGUAUCGCAAGCGCCAGGCGCUCAAGUACGUCUCGCAGGACCCGACGCUUGCCGCCAUGCACGAGAUCUGCGUCUCGUUUCACUGCCUCUACACUAUGUACAAAGCCGGCGCCGUCGCCGAGGACCGCCUCGCUGCCGCCGCCCAGGUCGCCCGCUCUGAGCUCCGCGACAUCAUCGCCACUUUUCCACCCUGCUCCGCCGAUCACACAAUCUGUCACUGGCACGAGUCGACCCUCUGCCCCUGCUCAAGCAGUGCUCGCUCGCUCUGCCGAUGCUGGCUCCCGCUCGCCGUCUCGGUCGAGGCGCCGCUCGAGCUUGCAGAGCUCCCCACCGAGCUGUUCCUUGCGCCGCUGGGCGAGGCGCUCGCGGCGGCUCGGGCGGCGGAGACGGGCAUUGCUCGCGCUUCCAAGCGCGUCAAGCUCACCACCUUUGACGCCGCCUUCUCGGGCGCCGAGGGCCUAGACUGGGCCCGUCGCUUUGUCGCUGCCCGCAUCGCCGAGCGUGAGAGCCCUCCGCCGCUGUCCGCUGCCGUCGCCGACGGCUGGGCCCUGCUCCUCGCCGCCGGCCUCGUUGUCCCGCUCUCGGCCUCGGCCUCGCCUGCUUUGCUGGGCUCAUCAGCCUCGUCGGGCUCAUCGAGCCCGCGCGCACGCGCAUCAUCGGCACCAACUCUCGGUGAGGCGGCAUCCGGGCCUGGGCUUGUCGACUCGGACAAGGCGCUGUAUCGGUUUAUCAUGGACGAUCCCAAGGCCGACCUCAAUCUCCGCGUCCUGUUUGUGGGCGAGCCGGGCUCGCCGCACGCCGUGGCUGACAAGCUGAAGAAAGCGUGCCUCUCACUCUAUGGUGCAUUUCUCGCCGAUGACGGCCGCAGCCUCGACCGCGAAGGCAUGAUGUCCUCUGAGGCUUUUGCUGCCUUUGAGGCCGACAUUGCCGAGCUGCAGCGGGUUGACCUCGCCGCUCUCGGCCCUGACGACCGCAUCGCCUUCUUUAUUAACGUCUACAACAUUCUUUGCAUCCAUGCCCAGUUUGUAUUUGGUCCACCGUCAUCGGUUCUUGCCCGGCGCACCUUUUUCAAAAGGGCCCGCUACACCAUCGCCCUCCACUCGUACUCGCUCGACGACAUCGAGCACGGAAUUCUGCGGUGCAAUGUGGGCGGCCACUUUACAGACGCCGACGAUCCGCGGCUUGCCCUCUGUCCGCCGCGCCGCGAUCCGCGCAUCCACUUUGCUCUCAACUGUGGCGCCGAGUCCUGCCCACCCAUCCGCGUCUACGACGCCGACAAGCUCGACGCACAGCUCACACUCGCGGCCCAGUGCUUCUGCCAAUCCGAGGUCUCGAUCGAACCGCAGCCGUCGGCCUCGAAUGAGCUCAUCCUCUCCAUGUCCAAGAUCUUUAUGUGGUACCACAAUGACUUUGGCGCCACAGAUGCUGACAUGCUGGCGUAUCUUAUGCCGUUCCUUCCACCUCACGCUGCCGAGAUCAUCGCCGAAGCACUCGCCUCGGACACCACGUUCAAGAUCGAGUACAACUCGUACUCUUGGAAAGCCAUGUAAAGUGUCGAUUGGUGUUGUGA